ACCCGCCUUAAAAUAAGGAAGAAAAUCAAUCGGCGAUGAAAAGGUGGACACUCACACGAAAGACUGCGACUGCGACGACGAAGGACGAUAUAAUCUGUACUGUAACUGAGUCAGCAUCAUUCAAAAUGUUCAAGGAGUUGGUAAAGGAAAGACUAAUGGCGGCCGCUGAUGAAAUAUUCGCUCUGUUUGAACGAACGAUAGCGUCGUACGAGGAGGAACUUUGUCAAACACGAGAGGAGAACGAACGACUACGAGAAGCUGUUUGCAAGACUCAAAUUGCGGUAAAAGGUGAAGACAUCCAGCAGCUCAUUGGUCGUGAAAAUGGACUCCCCCUUCAGCCACAGGAAGUAAGCUCCACUUUAAAACAGGAAGAUCCUCAGCCCCCACAUGUUAAAAAGGAAGAGGAGGAACUCUGGAUCACUCAGGAGGGAGAGCAUAUUCUAGGGCCAGAGGAGGAUGAUAUUGCCAAGUUGACUGAAGACAAACCACCUGAGUCCUCAGAGCUUUAUCACAGUCCAGGUGAGGAGAACAAAGGAGUGGAGCUGAGCGUCUCACCACAACACACGACGACAGAAGAUGAUGAAGACGACUGUGGAGGAUCACAAGAUGACAACCUUCUAGCUCCACUAUCCGAUAUUGACGACGCAACGUCAUACUCCUCUGAAGACUGCUGUUAUACACACUAUGAAGGUGCUAUGAGAACUCACACGGACAACAAACCCUCUACAUGCUUUGCAAAAAACCCACGUAAGAAACAUGGGAUUUUGGAGAACAUUCACAUGAGAACACACACGGUAGAAAAACCUUCCAUUUGUUCAGUUUGUGGUAAAACAUUCUCUCUGACAUCGACUAUGAUAAGACACAUGUCAACACACACAGGAGAAAAACCUUUUCGUUGUUCAGUUUGUGGUAAAAGAUUCUCUGAAAAGUCAACUUUAGUAACACACAUGAGGACACACACGGGAGAAAAACCUUAUAUUUGUUCAGUUUGUGGUAAAAGAUUCUCUCUAACGUCAACUUUGGCAACACACAUGAGAACGCACACAGGAGAAAAAACUUCUAAUUGUUCAUUUUGUGGUAAAGGAUUCUCUGAGAAGUCAAACAUGAAAAGACACAUGACGACACACACGGGAGAAAAACCUUUUACUUGUUCAGUGUGUGGUGAAGGAUUUUCUCGAAAGUCAACUAUGAUAAGACACAUGGCAACGCACACAGGUGAAAAACCUUUUAAUUGUUCAUUGUGUGGUAAAACAUUCUCUCAAAAGAUACAUAUGGUAUCACACAUGAGAACACACACCGGGGAAAAACCUUUUAUCUGUUCUGUGUGCGGGCAAAGAUUUUCUCUAAAGACGAAUAUGAUAUCCCAUAGAAGAAAACACACAGGCGAAAAACCUUUUAGUUGUUCAGUGUGUGGUGAAAGAUUCUCUCGAAAGUCAACUAUGAUACGACACAUGACAACACACUCGGGAGCAAAACCUUUAAGUUCAUUGGUUGAUAAAACAUCCUCUCAGAAGGGGCAUAUUGUAUAACAGUGCAACACACACGCAGGAGUAAAAAAGUUUUAGUCGUUCAGAAUAGAAUGAGACUAUACAGUUCAACUUAGUUCCGAAAGAAUGAAUACAACUGAUGUGCUGUACAGAGGGGUUAUAGCUAAUCUUAAUUUUCCAACUCUUGACCCUUGCUGGGCUUUUAAGAAAAUAGCAUACUUUUAAUACACCGUACAAUCAAUCAAUAUACUAAAAAAUCGCAGAGUGAAAUAAACUACAAAAUGCAAGUUUGUUACAGUUUGCAGUGAAAUAUUCUCUGGAAAGCCAAAUCUGGUAAAAUGCUUAAACACACAUGUGAAACACCAUAAAACAUGUUUACUUGAUGUAAAAACAUUUAUUUGUCACAACAGUUUGACAGCACAGAUUCAGACACACAAUUGAGGAAAACAUUUUAGUGGCCCAGCUUGCACUAGUCUGUGGUAGCCGUAGCGAUGAGUACCCUAAACAAAUGCUUGCACCGUUUCUUAAAGUCACCCACGGCCUAUGCUUUAUCCAUUCCAUAGUUUAUUUCCACAGAUAUACUAAAUGCUUACAAAAUUCUGUGUGCGUACAAAACCUUAUAUUCAGGUUAUUCCUAAUAUUUGUAUUUUUCCUCUUUUGUCAAGAAAAUAUGCUGUAUGUUUCUGGGCUGCCCAUCGUUUGCGUUGUGCUUGGUUUUUGCUGUUUGAAAGUGUACACCAGAAGUCCCUAAACUGUUUGACUCUGGG